GCGGGAGGCGGAAGUAGUGCACGGGCCCGCCGGGCCACCACCGGACUCCGCCGGCCGCCUCAGCCAUGGACGCGUCCCUGGAGAAGAUAGCAGACCCUACAUUAGCUGAAAUGGGAAAAAACUUGAAGGAGGCAAUGAAGAUGCUAGAGGACAGUCAGAGUAGAAGAACAGAAGAGGAAAAUGGAAAGAAGCUCAUAUCAGGGGAUAUUCCUGGGCCACUCCAGGGCAGUGGACAAGAUAUGGUGAGCAUCCUCCAGUUAGUUCAGAAUCUGAUGCACGGAGAUGAAGAUGAGGAGCCCCUGAGUGCCCGAAUUCAUAAUAUUGGAGAACAAGGUCACAUGGCUUUGUUGGGGCAUAGUCUGGGAGCUUAUAUUUCAACUCUGGACAAAGAGAAGCUGAGAAAACUUACAACUAGGAUACUUUCAGAUACUACCUUAUGGCUAUGCAGAAUUUUCAGGUAUGAAAAUGGCUGUGCUUAUUUCCAUGAAGAAGAAAGAGAAGGACUUGCAAAGAUCUGUAGGCUUGCCAUUAAUUCUCGAUAUGAAGACUUUGUAGUGGAUGGAUUUAAUGUGUUAUAUGACAAAAAACCUGUUAUAUAUCUUAGUGCUGCUGCUAGACCUGGCCUGGGCCAGUACCUUUGUAAUCAGCUCAGCUUGCCCUUCCCCUGCUUGUGUCGUGUGCCCUGUAACACUAUGUUUGGAUCCCAGCAUCAGAUGGAUGUUGCUUUCCUGGAGAAACUGAUUAAAGAUGAUAUAGAACGAGGAAGAUUGCCCCUGUUGCUUGUCGCAAAUGCUGGAACUGCUGCAGUAGGACACACAGACAAGAUUGGACGUUUGAAAGAGCUCUGUGAGCAGUAUGGCAUAUGGCUUCACGUGGACGGUGUGAAUCUGGCAACAUUGGCUCUAGGUUAUGUCUCCUCGUCAGUGCUGGCUGCAACCAAAUGUGACAGCAUGACGAUGACUCCUGGCCCAUGGCUGGGUUUGCCAGCAGUUCCUGCAGUGACACUCUAUAAACAUGAUGAUCCUGCCUUGACCUUAGUUUCUGGUCUUACAUCAAAUAAGCCAGCAGACAAACUCCGUGCCCUGCCGUUGUGGUUAUCUUUACAAUACUUGGGACUUGAUGGGAUUGUGGAGAGGAUAAAGCAUGCCUGUCAACUGAGUCAACGGUUGCAGGAAAGUUUGAAGAAGGUGAACCACAUCAAAAUCUUGGUGGAAAAUGAGCUCAGUUCUCCAGUAGUGGUGUUCAGAUUUUUCCAGGAAUUACCAGGCUCAGAUCCAGUGUUUAAAGCUGUCCCAAUGCCCAACAUGGUACCUUCCACCGUCGGCAGGGAGAGGCACUCCUGCGAUGCGUUGAAUCGCUGGCUGGGAGAACAGUUGAAACAGCUGGUGCCUGCAAGUGGCCUCACCGUCAUGGACCUAGAAGUCGAGGGUGUGUGUAUGCGGUUCAGCCCUUUGCUGACAGCAGCAGGUUUAGGAACCCAGGGGGAGGAUGUGGAUCAGCUUGUAACCUGCAUACAGAGCAAACUGCCAGCUCUGACCUGUACACUGCAGCUGCGGGAAGAGUUCAAGCAGGAAGUGGAAGGGACAGCCGGUCUCUUAUAUGUCGAUGACCCCAACUGGCCUGGAAUAGGAGUCGUCAGGUAUGAACAUGCUAAUGAUGAUAAAAGCAGUUUGAAGUCAGAUCCAGAAGGAGAAAAAAUCCAUGCUGGACUCCUGAAAAAGUUAAAUGAACUGGGAUCUGACCUUACAUUUAAAAUGGGCGCUGAGUAUAAAAGUAUGAAAAGCUGUAUUUACAUUGGCAUGGCGAGUGACGACAUUGAUGUUUCGGAACUGGUGGAGACCAUUGCGGUCACAGCCCGGGAAAUUGAGGAAAACUCAAGGCUUCUGGAAAACAUGACAGAAGUUGUUCGGAAAGGAAUUCAGGAUGCUCAGGUUGAACUGCAGAAGGCAAAUGAGGAACGACUUCUGGAAGAGGGAGUGUUACGGCAAAUCCCUGUAGUAGGAUCCGUGCUGAAUUGGUUUUCUCCAGUACAAGCUUUACAAAAAGGAAGAACUUUUAACUUAACAGCAGGCUCUCUGGAGUCCACAGAACCCAUAUAUGUCUACAAAGCACAAGGUACAGGAGUAACACCGCCUCCAACCCCCUCAGGCAUUCGCAGUAAACAGAGACUUCCAGGCCAGAAGCCUUUUAAAAGGUCCCUGAGAGGUUCAGAUGCUUUGAGUGAGACCAGCUCAGUCAGUCACGUUGAAGACUUAGAAAAGGUGGAGCACCUGUCCAGUGAGCCAGAGCAAAGCACCCCAGAGACCAGCAGCCCUGAGCAAUACCCUGGGGUUCCCACCCCUCAGAAAGCCAACCGGACUGAGGACUUCCAGAACAGGGCCCAGCGCCCAGAAGAUGACCACCCACAGGUAGAAGAACCAGAGAGCUUAAGAUAAAAUUCAGUGUUUGGUUUGAGACUGUGCUGAAUAUUGUUUCAGGGAAAAUGAAGUUAUAUUGAAAAUGUGAACUGUGCCACAUGCUAAUACAAAUUACUAUUAUUUGUGCUAACUGGGAUUUUUGCACAGAUAUGUGCCUGAAAGCCAGGCUUUCUAGGAGGGCAAUCAAUUUGCCUAAUUUUAUGUGUAUGUAGAAAAUCAACAACUAUUGUUUCUGUCCUUCCCAACUGUGGUAAUACAUUACAUUAUUUCACUAAAGUUACCAUAAACACUUUUUAUUACAAAGAACACUUAGAAUUUCAAGUGCCUGCCACUUGAAACACUUGCUCUUAUCUUUCUAAACGUAAGCAUAAUAAGUUAUUAGGUUGCACAUCUAACUUUUUGGUAAAACAGCUUUCAUUAGAACUUUGGGGGGUCAGGGGGAUUCCUCUGCUGUAAUUCUGCAGAGCCAAGACAGACAGCAUUUUUUGCCAUUUGUUUUAGUUGGUCUUUAGUGUGAACGAGUUGUGAUAUACAACUGGAUUGUUUGGCUUAAAAGAGAAUGGGUUUCAGUGGGGUUGUAAAUAAGAGUGUCAGAAGCCCACUCCUGCCAUCCCCAACUGCUGCUUUUCCUGGAGACUUAAGUAAGGACUGUGUCCACAUGAGCUGUGGCAGGGCUUUUGUCUGGGACUGUCCUCUGCCACAAUUCAUUUCUCCCUUUAUAUACUCUUUGUAAACAAAUUUAAGGACUCAUCUAUUAAAACUAUGAAGUUUCUUCCUGACCAUAUAUAUUUUUAAAUACUGGUAAAGCUUUUAAAUGGCACACAAGUACAGACUGUGCUCAUUUCUGUGUUUAAUAUCUGAAAAACCGAUAGAUGCUACCCUAAGAGCCUAACAUUAAAUACGCUGUGUGGCACCUACGUAAAGUAAGCAUACCUUUGACCUGUCUCACACUGUAGCUUCUGUUCGAGUAGCAGUUCACCCCUUUGGGCCCAACUCAGAAACAAGAACCAGAAAAGUCAUCUUUCUCAGACUGAUCAAGCCAGACUACUGCUGAAACUAUCAGAAGUAAGCUCAAUUACUGCCCAUUUCUAUUUUUCCAAAGUACUGCAUCACUUUAUCAUAAGUAAUGGCCUCUGUGCCUUUAAGUCCAGCAAAGUCAAGCUACCGGAGAUCUGAAGAUGGCUGGGAAUUGACACAGGGUUUGUGGACUGUAGUAUUGGAAGCCUUAGUUAUACCAUAUUAAGCCUAUAGUUACACUCUGAUUUGAUGUGAUUUUUGACAUUUGACACUUGUCAAAAUACAGUUUUCCUUUCUUAUUGUUUUGGUGCAGAUGAUUAAAGUCUUCCCUGUUUAUUUGGUGCAAUGAAGUCUAGCAGAUAAAAUGGGGAGGGGUAAAUUAUCACCUUUAACAAGAUUAAUUUUUAAAUGUUUUUAUAUAUAUUUGGAAUUGUUAAAUUGGUUUUGCUGAAACAUUUCUCCCUUGAGAUACUAUUUGAAUGUUGGUUUCAAUAAAGGUUCUUGGAAUUGUUACUAGUAAAUUCCAUUUACAAAUUUUA